GUGCGAGGGGCUCUGUUAGCUGCUCAGCCACUGGCACAGAAGGGUUAAUCAUUGGGGGGGGGCAGGAGGAAGUGACCGGAGCCUCAACACUUAGUCUCCCAGUUUGUGUAUCAUUUGGGGAGAGAGUUGUGAGAGCGCUCAGGGCAGGACACCCAGUACCACAUCCUGUGAGGGGAUGAAUUUUGCGGUGGGUUUCAAGCCUUUGGCCGGAGACACCCAGACCAUGGACAACCUGGAGAAGCAGCUCAUCUGCCCCAUCUGCCUGGAGAUGUUCACCAAACCCGUGGUGAUCCUGCCCUGCCAGCACAACCUGUGCCGAAAGUGUGCCAAUGAUAUCUUCCAGGCCUCCAAUCCUCUGUGGCAGUCACGAGGAUCCAGCACUGUCUCCUCAGGGGGGCGAUUUCGCUGCCCUUCAUGCCGCCAUGAGGUGGUGCUGGACAGACACGGGGUGUACGGGCUACAGAGGAACCUACUGGUGGAAAAUAUCAUUGACAUUUACAAACAGGAAUCGAGCAGGCCCAUGAACCCCAAAUCUGAGCAGCACCUCAUGUGUGAGGAACAUGAGGAUGAGAAGAUCAACAUCUACUGCCUGAGCUGCGAGGUACCGACCUGCUCUAUGUGCAAAGUGUUUGGGGCCCAUAAAGACUGCGAGGUGGCCCCUCUCUCCAACAUCUACAAACGACAGAAGAGUGAGCUGAGUGACGGCAUUGCCAUGCUGGUGGCAGGAAACGACCGGAUCCAGGCGAUCAUCUCCCAGAUGGAGGAGAUCUGCAAGAGCAUCGAGGAUAACAGCCGCCGGCAGAAGCAGCUCCUCAGCCAACGCUUCGACUCCCUCUAUAACAUCCUGGAGGAGCGCAAGAAGGAACUGCUGCAAGUGGUUACCCGGCAACAGGAGGAGAAACUGCAGUGUGUGCGGGGGCUCAUCCGCAAGCAUGGGGACCACCUAGAGGGCACCUCCAAACUGGUAGAGUCUUCCAUUCAGUCCAUGGAGGAGCCACAAAUGGCAGCCUUCCUGCAGAAUGCCAAGGAGCUGAUCAAGAAGAUCACAGAGAUGUCCAAGGUCUCCACCAUUGACCGCCCGGAGCCCGGAUAUGAGAAUAUGGACCAUUUCUCCGUCAAUGUGGAUUAUGUCUCAGAGAUGCUACGAACCAUUGAUUUCCAGUCAGGUGCCUCAGGGCAGGAAGAAGAAGAAGCCAUUGAUACAGAAGAGACAGAGACUGUUGGGGAGGAAGAUCGGACAGAACCUACAGAAGGCCACUGAUGACCCUGAGUGUGAGUGUUGCACUACAGACUGUAUCACACGCCGCGCACACUCAGCCUCCUGCCCCCGUGGCACAAUAAAUAGCCAGAGAUCCCCACCUGACUGCUGGAAGCCCCCUUAUUGGCUGAGGAGCACUGAGUGAGCCGUGGGGGCAGAAGUGGCACGCGGGGGGGUUACACACUCACCCUUUGCACCAAUAUCAGGGAAUAGAGGGACUUGGGGAGGGGCACAGCCAUCAGGGGAGGGGUAACUGGGCCGGUCCAUUCCUUACCUGGGCCCCAAAUGUAAUAUUCAGGGGGCUGUACGGGGCCCAGGGGCCACUAGGGUAUCUGGCACUAGAUCUCCCCCGGGCAUGGGACUGGCACUAGAUCUCCCCGGGCAUGGGGCUGGCACUAGAUCCCCCCGGGCAUGGGACUGGCACUAGAUCUCCCCGGGCAUGGGACUGGCACUAGAUCUCCCCGGGCAUGGGACUGGUACUAGAUCUCCCCCGGGCAUGGGACUGGCACUAGAUCUCCCCGGGCAUGGGACUGGCACUAGAUCUCCCCGGGCAUGGGGCUGGCACUAGAUCCCCCCGGGCAUGGGACUGGCACUAGAUCUCCCCGGGCAUGGGGCUGGCACUAGAUCUCCCCGGGCAUGGGACUGGUACUAGAUCUCCCCGGGCGUGGGACUGGCACUAGAGCUCCCCGGGCGUGGGACUGGCACUAGAUCUCCCCGGGCAUGGGACUGGCACUAGAUCUCCCCGGGCAUGGGACUGGCACUAGAUCUCCCCGGGCAUAGGACUGGCACUAGAUCUCCCCGGGCAUGGGACUGGCACUAGAUCUCCCCGGGCAUGGGACUGGCACUAGAUCUCCCAGGGCAUGGGACUGGCACUAGAUCUCCCCGGGCAUGGGACUGGCACUAGAUCUCCCCGGGCAUAGGACUGGCACUAGAUCUCCCCGGGCAUGGGGACUGGCACUAGAUCCCC